GCAAACUUUCACGAGCAAGCGUGCCUCAUAUCUGUAACGUUAAUUUCAAGACCGUAAAAGUCCAUCUUUUGGGAUAUGUAUUCAUAAGAAAUCGCGUGUUUAAUCAGCUGUUAACUUGUUGCGUGCACAUGCUAGUGUAACCGUUAUCUCGUUAAUUUACACUAGCUGGGUUCCGGUCUUCUAAUACUGUAAUCCUCAGCAAAAUUAAUUUGCAGUUUUGUACAGACUUCCGAAAUUGGUAAAAUUCUACGACUGAUUGUAUCGUUCUUUGUUAAUUUUCGGUUGCACCAUCUGCAAUUUAAUACAAGGUUUCUUAUACGUGAAACAUCGGAGCUAUUUUCGUAUGUACGUUGUGUACACUGAUUCUAUGCAAACGAUUCCGUCUUCUGCUGAAUAAGUUUUUUCAUUUUAUAACACAAGUUAAUUUAAUUGCAAUCGAUAAUAAAAUGUGAAGCUUAUCAUAAUAUUUAGCAAUUUACUGUGGCAAAUAAAUCGAAUCUUCUAAUUCACGUGGAAGGCCUGAUAUUUCUUUAUUCAUGAUGUCCCGGAAAUGCUGGAGAACAGCUAAAUAUGUUUGCAUCGUUUAUAAUUUUAUUUUUAUAUGGAUGUUAUGGGGACCGGACUUAUCAUCGGCUACCGGCACCGAUACCUCGUUUAAUUAUGAAUUUUCGCCAAAUUAUCAAAGUUCACUCCAACCGGAUGACACUUUAUAUCGCGCCGAAAGAAGCGGUCUCAACAUGUAUGUCUACGCUAAUGGGAACGGCCCAAUCUACACCAGUCCAGGCACACUGACCAGUUAUUCUGCGGCUGUUCCCGCGCCACCAGCAAAACCCAAAUACUCAACGGCAACGACCCCGCGGCCUACGUAUACCGUUCCGUCCCCCUCGUACAGUCCGGGUAUAUAUGCCGGUGGAGGUGCGUCUUAUCGACCAUCGCCGUAUACUGUACCCUACGCACCAUACAGCCCGUACCAAUCUGCAACAUCACCAGUGUCCUAUCGAUAUAGUUCCCUUCCGAGCUUACCGUAUAACUAUGCAGCCAGCCCUCCAAAUUAUUUAUACGGAUACGUUCCACCGUCCAGCUACGGCAGCUAUACCCCUUAUGCUCCCAAAUCACCAGCAUACGCACCGAAAGCAGCUCCCACAUAUACUCCGGCUUUGCCAGGAAGUUUUGAGUACGACAGCCAGCCGGCAUCAGCAUACACACCCAGUAAAUACUACGCUCAGCCGCCCUCCUAUUCCGCGGAAACACCGACUCCAGCCUACACUGCUCCAGCCUAUACCGCCCCAACCUACACCGCUCCAGCGCCUCCAGCGUAUUCCAGUGCAGGAUAUUCGUACCAACCAACGGCACCUUCACCGCCAACGUAUUCCGCUCCGCCAGUCUAUGCGGCUCCAACACCACCAUCAUACGCUGCUCCAGUAUACAAGCCCUAUGGAUACACUCCAGGGGCCCCUUCGCCGCCAGCCUACGGAUAUCAACCUCCAUCAUACAGCGCACCGGCGCCUCCGGCAUACGCUAGUCCGCCGGCAUACCAAGGGUCAUACGCGAAUAUGGCAAGUGGCCCGGGAUCGGCAAGCGGCGGUGCCUGCGCUUGUCCGGCAUGCGCUUCCCCGUGUCCGGCAGAAGGCUUUGCUGGAAGUAUAGCGUACACAUGGUCAACGGAUUGCAGUAAAGCGUCCAAACCGUUAUACUGUUCGUUUGGAGAAUGCCAGCUUUUGGCUGCCAACACGUAUGCCAUAUACCCACCGGAUGCGGUCACGAUUCCACUGUGUGCGCUGGCUAAGAAAGGUUACGAAGUUCUGACAUUUGAUGGAUGCUAUAAGGACCCCACUGCCGCCAAAGAUUUCACCGAUUCUGCUAAUCAGUUUACUAUUGAAUGCUGGCCACCGAUACAAACGUCAGCCAGUGCGCCAUGUCUAACGAUCAACACAGCGACCACUUUCGCCGUGGAGACCACGGGAAACGUGGGAUGUGAUGCGUAUAAGCUAUGCAACCAGCAGCACAAGUGUAGUAUUAAAUAUGCAGACAAAGUGUCAGGAGACGCUAAGGCAAUUAGCACGCCGAUUAACGUGACCAUAUCUACUGACUGCACUGGUUGUCAAAAUUGUCCAGAAACUACUGCAGUUUGUUUAGCCUCCUAAUAAUAAACUGCACUGGAAGAUAACAGAUUUCGGAUUACUUUCAGUGUUGUGAACCUCUCUCUCUGAAAUUGUUUUGCACUUGAUAUCUCGGGUAAUACUUUUUAUUUUUAUGCUCUUUAAUUAUAAAAUGAACGUCUACAUUAACUAAGAGCUAUUUUAAACCUGUGUUCAGUGAUCUCGUAUAGCGCCGACAAGAAGUCUGUCAAACGAUUGAAAUCCCGCACAUGGACUGGAUUGAGUACAAAUGUUGAAAUAUAUACAUAAAUAUUAAAAAUAUAAUAACGUAAACGUUAUAUAACGGUUUUUCAUUCUCUGUCGGCCUGAGUUUUAUUUGCUUCUUAUUCCUGUAUAUUUUUAA